AACAGUGACCCUCAGUAACAAAUUGAGAAACAAGAUCAUCACCAUCAGAUGAUGGUGACAUCAUGACAGCUUCCAUGUAUUAGGAGUGAGCUCAUCUCAAGAAGCCCAAACAUUGUGUUAUUUUUAGAAAAAAAGAAAAGUAUCAACUUGGCUCUGAAACUCAUGUUUUGGUUUGCUUUUCUGCUAUACUGUUAAAUAUCAGGAUGAAGACAUCAUUUUGUUAUUAUUCUGAGUGUAAUCCAUGGAACAAGAUUCAAAUGACUUCAGAAGUUAUGAUUGGGUAUAUUUAUUUCUCUUCUGCCAGCCCAGCUUUCAAAGUAGUUGUAGGUUGGACGAAAGCGAGGCUUGUUUCAGCACUUGUCGACUCUCUCCUUUUAUCAGUUUCUCAUGGAUGAAUUCCAGCCACUGCUUGCUCUCCUUGGAGGCAUCUGUUGUUCCAUUUUCCUGCUAAAGUGCAUUUGGUUUUUGAAGUAUUUUCUUCCUUACAUAUGGAAUAUUUUGCCUCCAUCUUAUUUUCGUUCAAUGGGAGAAUGGGCAGUGGUCACUGGAGCAGGAGAUGGAAUUGGAAGAGCCUACUCCUUAGAGCUUGCCAAGCAUGGGUUAAAUGUGGUUCUCAUAAGUCGGUCAUUCAAAAACUUGGAGAAGGUAGCCUUGGAAAUUGAACAAACGACUCAGAGAACUGUGAAAAUCAUACAAGCUGACUUCACAGAAAAUGACAUAUAUGAAAAAAUUGAAGAAAAUCUUCAAGGAUUAGAAAUUGGAAUUUUGGUUAACAAUGUUGGAAUGCUACCUAAUCGCUUUCCGUGCCAUUUUCUUAAUAUUCCAGACAAAGAUGAGGACCUCAUUAAUUGCAACAUCAUGUCUAUCAUUAAGAUGACGCGAAUUGUUUUGAAACAAAUGGUGGCAAGAAAAAAAGGUCUAAUUCUUAACCUUUCAUCAGCCAUUGGCACCUUUCCUUGUCCUUUAUAUACAAUAUAUUCUGCAUCUAAGGCUUUUGUAUAUACAUUUUCCAAAGCACUUCAGAUGGAAUAUAAGUCAAAAGGAAUUGUGAUACAGGCAGUGACUCCCUUUGCUGUUUCUACUCCAAUGAUCAUGCAUAAGCAACCCAAUCUGAUCACCAAAACAGCAGAAGAAUUUGCACGAGAGUCACUGAGAUAUGUUACAUUUGGUGAUGAAACAUUUGGAUGUUUAGCCCAUGAAAUCUUGGCACGAUUUGUACAGUGUAUUCCUUUUUGGUUGCUCCAGAACAACAAAGUACAAGAAACUGUGAUAUGCCUUAUGACGGAGCAUUCCAAAAGAUAACAUUUUAUCCACUUCGUGAGCCUGCUUGAGGAUCUGGUAUGAAUUAUAGCAGCAGUCAGCUUGAUUAAUUGCAAGAUUUUGAAACAUGCAUGAAAACAGCCCUUCAGUAUCUUUUUUUUUUUAAUCAUGUACUCAUUUCUGUUUUGUUUAUCCAUUUUAUUGCUUCCAUUAUUUGCUGAUGCAUAUUUUUAAGCACUGUUAUUUCCAACCAUGAUUUAUACACUUGAUUUUAUUUUCACAAUGGCUUUAGCGGGAAAUAAUUGUAUAGAAUUAUUUUAGGAAAAAGUUCAGUGUGUUAGGUAUGAACAAGAGCAAAUGGAGAUAUGACUAUUUAGUAUGUAUUGCAUCUGCAAAUCAAAGUUGACUAUCAUAUAUUUUUAGUCAAUUAUUUGAUUUUGUUUGUAUGUAAAUAAAGUGAUUUAACCUAAAGGAUAAAUGAUAGAUGGGAAUCACUUUAGAAGAAAUGAAGAUAUGUUUUUAAAUAUAAUUCUCUCUCUCUCUCCCUGUCUCUAUCUCUCUCAUCCAUCUAUUUCUAUUUUUUUGAUCCACCUACAUUUUCUAUAGCUUAAUAAAUGCUGAUUAUAAGCCA